UCUCUGGAGGCGCUUGCGACCGUGCUGUGCCUCACAUGUCAGCCUCAACGGCAUGCAUGCGGCCAAAGCUUCCAUGACUAUUUGAGUCCUAAUACAUGGAGCGGCGGGUGUUGACUGUUCCAAACAGGAAAAGAGAUAUCGUUCCAUGCAGGAGCACAUCCGGCGAGCACACCCUGAGCAUUACAUAGCGAAGCUCCCAGCGACCGAGGAAAGCUUCUUGUUGAUGAUCAAUACGCCACCGUCAGAAAAGCCACAGAACCAAGGCACGCCCAACCAGCACCAACAGCAGAACAGAACUCCCAAGAGCCUCGAUGCAAACAAGCUAUAUCAUCAUGACCGCCACGGCUACAUGCGAGACGGUUCGAGCGCCCCCGGCACACCGCGACACUUGGACGAUUAUGUUAGCGCCUCUUUGCUCCCAGCCGCCAGUGCCGCAGCAGCUCUUGCACAGCUCGGGCAGCAACACAAGAUCGAGCAUGAUUGGGACUCUGAUGCCGGCUGGCACUCAGACGUCGAAGGCCCAAGAAUCCCCCGAUCCACAAUCGAAUUGCCUCCAAUUCAUGACCCCACGAGCGACCCAUACUCCCGCCUCAACGGUCCCAGCCGCAGAGAUCUACUUCCCUCAAUCCUCUCCAAUUCGCCUCCGGGUCGUUCUUCGACCCUGCCACCGCUGCAGAGGUCGAUGGGCGUGAGCCGACCCCGGAAGCAGUCGAUAAGCAAGCGCAGCCACAAGAAGCAGAGAUCCCGUGGCACCGCUGCGGAUUGGUUUCGCCGCAUACGAGACGACGACUUUCUGGACAGAAAGGCGCAGUCUGUCGAACCGUCCACCAAUUUUGGGAAGCGAUGGGAAGACCUGAUCGAUGCCGCCGCAUCCGCUACUGAGGAUAUCGAUGAGGAUCGCACACCUAUCCCACGCUCGCCCGUUUCAGUCAACCGAGCCUCACUCCCCCCAUUUACGCAGCAGCAUUUCCACGGAUACCAAGCCUCGCCUCUGCAGCAGCAAGCACUUACGCCGCCAUCGUUUGCACAAGAGCUUGCCGACCCAUUCCCAUCAGUUGAAAGCGGGGAAACCGGCGAUACUUUCCAUAUAGGAGCUUCUGGGCUCUCCGACUCAUCGCCCAGCUACUCAUCCCAGGAUGUCCACAUAUACUGUGCUGCAUGCCAGCGUACAUCGAGGUUGAAAGAGUCUUAUGCCUGCACCGAGUGCAUCUGUGGCAUCUGCCGAGACUGCGUCAAUAUCCUUAUGGAGGAGCAAGGCGCGCGGCGGAAGUGUCCACGAUGUGCCACUGUCGGCGGACGAUUCAAGCCAUUCCAGCUGGACUUUCGGUGAUUGACUUGAUAAAUGAAAAGGGCACACAAGUGCCGAAGGAUGGGAAAAGACGGAUUCUUUUCGCCUUUUCACCAGUUCAAAUCAAGGUAUAUGGUCGACUGCAACCCAGUAGGGAAUGCGAUCUGCUCGUCAGAUAUGCAAGCACAUUCCAGGACAUCUUUCGGAGACUAUACGUUCGACGAGCUCGACCAACCCCAGCGACUAAGCACUACAACCUGGACGCCGCCAUCUUUAGGUCAAUCAAGCUUGGCUUGUGAAUCCACGCUUGAGAUUCUGAAGUUCUCGAA